UCUAAUUCUCCUCUGUCAUUUAAGAGGCUUUCAAGGUGCACUGUACAUCCCAGAUCAGACUGGUGCGGGUCCAAGAGUUGUACAGGCUGGGGCAAGGCAUCUAAAAGCUUGUUCAUCAAGAGCUGAAGGUUUUUGUCACAUUUUCACCCUACUGCACGAGGAAUUCAGGCUCAGUAGCUUAUGAAUUGAAAAUAAUUUUACCCUCGCAUCCUCGCUCUCACGGCUACUGAUUGAGUCUUGAAAUAACAACAGAAACUACGCACUGGUACAGUCAUGAUGAAGCAGCCAGGCCUACUUAUAACCAAAUAGACUGCACCUGAUUCAGAUCUGCAAAAAUAAGACGGGAAAAUAUCAAGUCAACAAAACGCAUGUGUUCUUUUACCUUCUCUUCAUCUUCAGAUGUGGAUAUUAUGCAUUUUUAGUAAACCUACACAGCUCUUACUCAUAGAGGAAAUCUGAUCUGCUACAGCACGGAAACAUCAGUGGUGACCACAGCGAGACAAAUUCCUUAGGGAGCUGCCUGUUUUUAAGCCAAGUAUUCAUGAUCCAGCUGGCAUAUAGGGAUCAACAACCCCCUUGUGAAUAAUGGCUAAAAACGUAACCCUGGAUGCUGAAACGCUGGCAAUGCUCCAGAAUAAAGCUAUCUCCAUCACCCUCCCAGUUGUGUAUUCACUGGUGGCUAUCAUCAGUAUCCCUGGCAAUUUGUUCUCCCUUUGGGUGCUCUGCUGGCACAUCAAACCCAAAACGCCUUCCGUUAUCUUCAUGAUCAACCUGAGCGUCACAGAUCUCAUGCUGGCCUGCUGCUUUCCCUUCCAGAUUUUUUAUCACGUCCAAAAGAAUCACUGGACCUUUGGCAAGACUCUUUGCAGCCUCGUGACUGUGAUGUUCUACUCCAAUAUGUAUUCUUCCAUACUGACCAUGACCUGUAUCAGCAUCGAGCGGUACAUGGGUGUGGUAUAUCCCAUGAAGUUGAUCAAGUGGAGAAGAAAAAGAUAUGCUCUGGCUGCAUGCCUAGGUAUGUGGAUUUUCUUGCUCCUAGCCUUCUACCCACUAGAAAGCACAGAUUUGACUUAUGAAGUGGAAGAACUGGGGAUCGUAACCUGUUUUGACGUCCUCAAAUGGGAUAUGCUGCCCAGCUUCGCAGCCUGGGUAGCCUUUCUCCUCACACUGUUUUUCAUGCUCUUCCUGAUCCCUUUUGUCAUAACAGUUGGAUGCUACAUUGGCACCAUUCGGAAGCUUAUUCAGACAUCAAGCAGAUAUGGUAACAAGCAGAAGACAAGAUCCAUAUACCUAGCACUGAUAGUCCUUCUGGUAUUCAUCACUUGCUUCGCUCCAAAUAACUUUAUCCUACUUGCGCAUAUGAUCAUCCGUCUAUUUUAUGGCAAGAGUUUGUACCCUGCCUACAAGCUCUCCUUGUGCCUCAGUUGCCUCAACAACUGCAUAGAUCCCUUCAUUUACUAUUUUGCAUCCAAAGAAUUUUACCAGAAAUUCAUGCAAGUGUUUCGCCCGAACGUACUGCUCAGUGACAGUUUGGAAACCAGAAGGGAAAGUUUGUUCUCUGGCAGGACCAUGUCAGCCAGGUCAAUGUCAAGUGGACCUAUGGAUGGGUUAGAUGGAGUAAAGGUCUAUUUACAAAGGCAGGAAAGUGUUUUUUAGCCUUCAACAUCCCCAGAAGUAAGGCACCUUUGAGAUCCAUGAGUAGACACAGAAAACAUUUCUUUUUGAGUGGCUGCCCUCAAAAUACCAUGCUCCAGUGACAGAGCUCAAGCCAUACUUACAUUGCGCAUCCUACUUCAGUAUCUUCUGGUAAGAAAUGGAAGCGUUAAAGGAAUUGAAUUUUUUCAAGAAGGCACUGAAGCAAACCCGGUAUUGAUAGUCAGAGGUUGGCCUGGAAUUAGUCCUACUGUAUGAAACCAAGGGAUAAGUUUCAAACAAAAAUUACUUUCAGGUUGUAUGAUCUCAGUUGUUCAACCAAAAGUUUGUGAUUCUCAGUGACUGUGAAAUAUUACUGUAUAUGGACUAGAACAUACACUGAAGCUGGACUUGGGGUAGGGGAGUUAUUUUUCUAAGCAAUGUGCUGCAUUUUUGUUUGCGUUUUUGUUUGUUCAUUUUUGUUUUGUUUUGUUUUGUUUUGUUUUAAUGUAUUUCUUUCUCUCUUGUAUUUCUAUAAAAGAAUCAAUAAAUAUAGCUUGCCAUUUUACCAUUAAUGCAUAAUGCAUAGCCACUGUGAAUUCACCACAACACUCACCCAAGUGUUUAUCAGAACCAAACCACACUAACCUUUGAAAAGGUUAGGUUGACUCAUAUUAUUUAUUUCAAUUUUAUAUAGCAAAAUAUCUCAUGCAAUAAAAGAGAAGCUAGAACUUACAAUGUUUGAGACUACUUCAGCUGCUGAGUGGAUUGUAUUUUCAUUUCUUGAAGUUAUUCAUUUCUCAGGACAGUGGAGACUGGGUGAUUUAAGAAAAGAGAUUUUCUAAUGUCAGCCUUCUACAGUCAUAAUGCUGCUGCUUGUAUGUGAUUGGUCUCAGCAAGACAUUUUCAUCAAUUGACUAUAGGCUAUACACAGAAGCACCAUCCGUCUCAGAAGGGCAUUUAGUUUUAAUAGUGCACAGACAGUGGGUUUAUCUUCCUUAUGGCAAUGGUGUAGAUUAUUAACCAGAUUUUCAGAUGGAUAUAUGAGAAUUCAGCCACAGACUGGAGUGAUU